UUGCCACUCUUCCAAGUUUGCCAUUGUUGCUCCAGCUGUAAGCUCGUCCAGCAAUCUGUUUCCAGCCUGCGUUAUUUGUUCAAGCAUAAACGAGGUCUCCGACGCCAUAACUCCGGGAAAAUGAAAUCUUCCAUUAUUCUUUCAAUACUUAUAUCCUUGAUUUACGUUCGUGGUAGCCCGGUAGCAACUGAUGCAGAAAAUGGCAGCGGAUGGAUUGCGAAUGGGAUUUGUGAUUUCAAGUGUACCAAGGAGAGGAUGCCAAUCUGUGCUGUUGGUGUUGGAAAAAACAAUUUCCAGAUAUUCCAGAACUUCUGUGAUUUGAUGCUGUUCAAUUGUAAAUCGAAAACUGAGUUGCAGAAAGUUGACAUGGAGAAGUGUUUGAAUAAGAAUUUGAAGCUUGAGGACCCUAAACAAAUUACAUCAAGGAUUACCGCUGUAUAAACAAUAUUUUGUCUCUUUCACUUUGAUGGGCAAUUUCGUUCUGAUAAAAAGAUAUUCUAUAUUCAAUAUUA